AUGGCCCGAGAUGACACACAGCAAUGGGACGAUGAUGAAUGUCAAUAUUCAAGUAGAGAUAGCGAUGACAGUCCAUUAUUGUCGUACAGACAUGACAGGAGUCGUAGAUACGCCCCAUAUAGCCGGGAAAUUAAGCCGGAGAGAGAAAGGCGGUGGCCGGUGACGGUCAUAGCGAAGUUCUCGCUCUUUAGUACAGCUAUGAUAUUAUUCUGUGUUUUAUUGUAUAUACCUGUUUAUAAUAAGGCCAACGACCAGAUGCCAAAAGUUGCCGUAGCAGGCUGGUCUGUACACACUAACAGGGAUACCAAAAUAUACGUCCAACCGGACAACGUCACAACCGUACACGAACCGAAAGACGUCUGUCCCAAAAACAAAACUAACAAGAAUCUCUUCCUGCUUAUAGUGGUUUGUUCGUCUACCCUCAAUUUCGAACGGCGUAUAGCUAUCCGGGAAACAUGGGGAAACAAUCGUAAUUAUCAAGAGUCAGCGAAGAUCUACCACGCGGCUCACGAGAAAUACAAACAUUACAACUACAGCUACGAUCUGUACAGCGAUACGAAUUCUACCGUAUUUGAGAGGAGAAGACGGGAUAUAACCAGUUUCAACCAGAUUCUACCGGAAUUGGCUAAAGUACUACAAGAGACCGUAACCGAGGAACUGGCUGAGAAACGCUUCGAAGACGAAAGCGAUGAGAAGAUGCUGCCAGAGUUUGAUAUGAAUAAAGAAAUCGGGGACAAUGAAAUAGAUUAUGAUUACGAAUCAAAUAUAAUGAAGAUACCGCCAAAAGGUUAUGAAGACAACGUAGAGCUAGAUAAGGUUAUAGCAAAAUUGAAACAAGUUAAUUAUGCGAAAGAAGUUUCGCCGAAUCCUACCAUUGCAGUGGAUUUUAAAGUGGUCUUCUUGUUGGGGCUGCCAUCCCACGAUAAUAGUAGUGAGGUACAGGACAGAAUAGAUGAGGAGGUGGAGAAAUAUGGUGACGUGAUACAAGAAGGGUUUAUCGAUUCUUAUAAUAAUUUGACGUUGAAAUCUAUAAUGAUGCUGAAGUGGGUUACGAAUAAUUGUAAUGACAGUGUCCGGUACAUCUUAAAAACAGAUGACGACAUGUACAUAAACGUCCCCUAUUUAGUGGACAACUUAAGGAAUCGAUCCAGAAUUCACGAUGCAACUUAUCCAAUGGAAAAGGAAUAUUUGCUGAUCGGCGAUCUUAUCUGUGGAGCUCGGCCAGUCCUCGAUUCCAAUAAUAAAUGGUACAGCCCACGCUACAUGUACGGAGGCCGGGUGUAUCCGCGCUAUUUGUCUGGCACCGGGUACGUGUUGAGUGGACAUACUGCGCAUGCGCUCUACCGAGCUGCGCUUAACACGCACUACUUCCACUUGGAGGAUAUAUACAUAACAGGCAUGUGCUCGCUACGAGCUAAUCCACGUAUAACGCCGCGCGACGACCCCGGCUUCUCGUACAACGGGAACGCAGGCGCGUGCGCAGUCCACGCACGGCUGAGCGCGCACCGAGUACCACCGCCAAACAUGAGGCGGGUUGCACGACUGCUGCUCAAUGAUAAAUAUGUUGAUAAAUGCGAACGUUUACGCCUCACCCAGAUAAAAAAACAUCAGGAAUCAAGAAUUUACGUUAUGUACAAGUACCUGAGGUUGGUCGUUGGAACCCAUUGUUAA